AUAGUGAUGCCCUUUGGACUAACCAACGCGCCAGCUACGUUCCAGCGCUGUAUGAAUGAUUUGUUUAGGCCAUGGUUAGACAGAUUUGUCGUAAUCUAGAUGACAUUCUCGUGUUUAGUAGGACCCUCGAAGAGCACCAGGGUCAUCUCAGGCAGGUCUUGGAGAAGUUGAGGGAAGCUAACUUCAAGAUCAAUGCAAAGAAGUGCGAUUGGGCGAAGACCCAAGUUUUGUAUUUAGGCCAUGUCUUAGACGGAGAUGGCGUUAAGCCAGAGGAUAGCAAGAUCGCAGCGAUUAGAGAUUGGCCCACGCCACGUACGCUGACAGAGUUGCGCUCGUUCCUGGGCUUAACUAAUUACUACAGGAAGUUCGUGAGGAACUUCUCCACCAUCGUUGUGCCCCUUCGCAGAUUGUUGAGGAAGGAGACCAUCUGGAAGUGGGAUAAGGACUGCACGUCUGCCAUGAAGAAGUUAAAGCAGGCAUUAAUAGAGUAUUCAGUCCUUAAAGUCGCCGAUUCAUCCUUUCCUUUUGUCGUUACUACAGAUGCUAGCCAGUACGGCAUAGGCGCAGUGUUACAGCAAGACGAUGACAAUGGCUAUAGAUCCGUAGAGUUCAUGUCCGCCAGGAUGCCUUCAGAGAAGGUCGCGACAUCUACCUAUGAGAGGGAACUCUACGCUCUCAGACAAGCGUUAGACCACUGGAAGCACUACUUGCUUGGGAGACACUUCAAAGUCUAUUCUGACCAUGAAACAUUACGAUGGUUAAAGACGCAGGCCAAAAUGACACCUAAGCUUACUAGGUGGGCCGCAGAGAUAGAUCAGUACGACUUUGAGCUCAAGCCUGUCAAAGGGAAGUACAACGUAGUUGCGGAUGCUCUGAGUAGGAGAGCUGAUUAUUUUGGGGCAAUAGUACAUUACCUCGAUAUAGGAAAGGAUCUGCAACAGCAGGUUAGAGAAGCCUACGCGCAGGACCCUAUCUAUGGUGAGCUCCUUAAGAAAGUCAAGGAGGCCCCAGAGACCGAGCCGAACUACCGCACUACAGAAGGGUUACUCUUUGAGAAGACUAAUGUCUUUGACCGGCUGUGCAUCCCCAAUAGCGAAGAGAUCCGUAGUCUGAUUCUGGGGGAAUGUCACGACACAGAGGGUCAUUUCGGUUGGCAAAAGACUUUGGCCAAUCUGAUGCGCGCGUAUACCUGGCCAAGGAUGAAGAAUGACUGCGUAGAGUAUGUUCGCAGUUGUAAGGGUGAUCUCGAGUGUGAACAGUGAGUUGUAUGGGCGCACAGUCGCCAUAGCCAGUUGGAAGAGAACUCAUAUCUGGUUACGAUAUCUUUGAGUACUGUGUGGGCGCAUGUCGCCAGUUCGCUGUAUCGCUGUUUGCAAGCAUGAUGAAGUGUGAAUAAGUCGAGUAUGAUUGCAAAAUAAGUUUCAGUUUGAGAAAUCUGCAUUUUUCAGUCUGUGUGCUAACUCUGUUUUCCGUGCUGUGGCUCUGCAUCUUGGAUAAGGGUAAGUAAAUAAGCGUAGACUGA